CGUCGGGCGGUGCAGCGGCUGCGACUGAGCCGGCCAUGGUCGUGGGCGGUGGGCGGGUGUCGCGCUGAAGCCCCGAAGGCAGCAGGAGGCUGAGUGCCGGGCAUGCGGGUGCGGGAGCCGGGCGGGUGCCGCCGCGGGAGCUGCUGACGGCGCUGCGGGAUCGGGAGCCGGUGGCGGCGCGCGGGGCAGUUUAUCUUUUAAUCUGAAAAAGACCUUCAUGAAUUCUUCACCUUUAAAAAUACGUAAUGUCAUCCGUUCCUAGAAGACUGAAAUGGGGGCUGUUAUUUUGAGACAGUGACACUGUAGCUUUGGCUCAUCCAGACCCACCUGCCCCUGCUUCCCGUGCUGGACUUGAAGCACCUCAAGGUUAUGAAUGUGCUUCCGCUCUAUAAUGCCUCCUGCUAUGGCAGACAUCCUUGACAUCUGGGCAGUGGAUUCACAGAUCGCAUCUGAUGGCUCCAUAUCUGUUGAUUUCCUUCUGCCCACUGGCAUUUAUAUCCAGCUGGAAGUACCCCGGGAAGCCACCAUUUCUUAUAUUAAACAGAUGUUAUGGAAGCAAGUUCACAAUUACCCAAUGUUUAACCUCCUUAUGGACAUUGACUCCUAUAUGUUUGCAUGUGUGAAUCAAACUGCUGUAUAUGAGGAACUUGAAGAUGAAACACGAAGACUUUGUGAUGUUAGACCUUUUCUUCCAGUUCUCAAACUAGUGACUAGAAGUUGUGACCCAGCAGAAAAAUUGGACUCAAAAAUUGGAGUCCUUAUUGGAAAAGGUCUUCAUGAAUUUGAUGCCUUGAAGGAUCCUGAAGUGAACGAAUUUAGAAGAAAAAUGCGCAAAUUCAGUGAGGACAAGAUUCAGUCUCUAGUGGGGCUGUCUUGGAUUGACUGGCUAAAGCACACAUAUCCCCCUGAGCAUGAGACAUCUGUCCUGGAGAACCUGGAAGAUAAACUUUACGGAGGAAAGCUGAUCGUAGCUGUGCAUUUUGAAAACAGCCAGGAUGUAUUUAGUUUUCAAGUGUCUCCCAAUUUGAAUCCUAUAAAGAUAAAUGAAUUAGCAAUCCAGAAACGCUUGACUAUUCAUGGAAAGGAAGAUGAAGCUAGCCCCUACGACUAUGUUUUACAAGUAAGCGGGAGAGUGGAGUAUGUAUUUGGUGAGCACCCACUAAUUCAGUUCCAGUAUAUCCGAAAUUGUGUAAUGAAUAGGACCCUGCCCCAUUUCAUCCUUGUGGAAUGUUGUAAGAUCAAGAAAAUGUAUGAGCAAGAAAUGAUUGCUAUAGAGGCUGCCAUCAACCGAAACUCAUCCAACCUUCCUCUCCCUUUACCACCAAAGAAAACACGAGUUAUUUCCCAUGUUUGGGACAACAACAACCCUUUCCAAAUUGUCUUGGUGAAAGGAAAUAAGCUUAACACAGAAGAAUCCGUAAAAGUCCAUGUCAGAGCAGGUCUUUUCCACGGAACUGAGCUCCUGUGCAAAACCGUCGUAAGCUCAGAGAUAUCAGGAAAAAAUGACCAUGUUUGGAAUGAACAGCUGGAAUUUGAUAUUAAUAUUUGUGACUUACCGAGAAUGGCUCGAUUAUGUUUUGCUGUUUAUGCAGUUUUGGAUAAAGUAAAAACGAAGAAAUCAACAAAAACCAUUAAUCCCUCUAAAUAUCAGACCAUCAGGAAAGCUGGGAAAGUGCACUAUCCUGUAGCAUGGGUAAAUACGAUGGUUUUUGACUUCAAAGGACAGCUGAGGUCCGGAGACGUAAUACUGCACAGCUGGUCUUCAUUUCCUGAUGAGCUGGAAGAAAUGCUGAAUCCCAUGGGUACUGUACAGACGAACCCGUAUGCUGAGAACGCAACUGCCUUGCAUAUUAAGUUUCCAGAGAAUAAAAAGCAGCCUUAUUAUUACCCUCCCUUUGAUAAGAUCAUCGAGAAGGCAGCUGAGAUUGCCAGCGGAGACAGUGCUAAUGUGUCAAGUCGUGGUGGAAAAAAAUUUCUGGCUGUACUGAAAGAAAUCUUGGACAGGGAUCCCCUGUCUCAGCUGUGUGAGAAUGAAAUGGAUCUCAUUUGGACUCUACGACAAGACUGCCGAGAAAAUUUCCCACAGUCACUGCCAAAACUCCUCUUGUCAAUCAAGUGGAAUAAACUUGAAGAUGUUGCUCAGCUUCAAGCCCUCCUGCAGAUUUGGCCCAAACUACCCCCCCGGGAAGCACUGGAGCUCCUAGAUUUCAACUAUCCAGACCAGUACGUCCGGGAGUAUGCUGUAGGCUGCCUGCGACAGAUGAGUGAUGAAGAACUCUCUCAGUAUCUUUUACAAUUGGUGCAAGUUCUGAAAUAUGAGCCUUUUCUUGAUUGUGCCCUCUCUAGAUUCUUAUUAGAAAGAGCACUUGAUAACCGGAGGAUUGGGCAGUUUCUAUUUUGGCAUCUUAGGUCAGAGGUGCAUAUUCCAGCCGUGUCCAUACAGUUUGGUGUCAUCCUGGAAGCGUACUGUCGCGGAAGUGUAGGCCACAUGAAAGUACUUUCCAAGCAGGUUGAAGCACUCAAUAAGUUGAAAACUUUAAAUAGCUUAAUCAAAUUAAAUGCGAUGAAGCUGAACAGAGCUAAAGGGAAGGAGGCCAUGCAUACUUGCUUGAAACAGAACGCUUACCGGGAGGCCCUCUCCGACCUGCAGUCACCUCUGAACCCAUGUGUCAUCCUCUCAGAACUCUCUGUUGAAAAGUGCAAGUACAUGGACUCCAAGAUGAAGCCAUUAUGGCUGGUCUACAGCAACAGAGCGUUUGCAGAGGACUCUGUUGGAGUGAUCUUUAAAAAUGGCGAUGAUUUGCGGCAGGACAUGCUGACACUGCAGAUGCUGCGCCUGAUGGACCUGCUCUGGAAAGAGGCCGGCCUGGACCUUCGGAUGCUCCCCUAUGGCUGUUUAGCAACAGGAGAUCGCUCUGGCCUCAUUGAGGUUGUGAGCACCUCUGAGACAAUCGCUGACAUUCAGCUGAACAGUAGCAACGUGGCUGCCACAGCAGCCUUCAACAAAGACGCGCUCCUGAACUGGCUCAAGGAGUACAAUUCUGGGGAUGACCUGGACCGAGCGAUUGAGGAGUUUACCCUGUCCUGUGCUGGCUACUGUGUAGCUUCUUAUGUCCUUGGUAUCGGUGACAGGCACAGUGACAACAUCAUGGUGAAAAAAACUGGCCAGCUCUUCCACAUAGAUUUUGGACAUAUUCUUGGAAAUUUCAAAUCUAAAUUUGGCAUUAAAAGGGAACGAGUACCCUUUAUUCUUACAUAUGACUUCAUUCACGUUAUUCAACAAGGAAAAACUGGAAACACAGAAAAAUUUGGCAGGUUUCGCCAGUGCUGUGAAGACGCUUAUCUGAUUUUACGGCGGCAUGGGAAUCUCUUCAUCACUCUCUUUGCACUGAUGUUGACUGCGGGGCUUCCUGAGCUCACAUCAGUCAAAGACAUACAGUAUCUUAAGGACUCUCUUGCCUUAGGGAAGAGUGAAGAAGAAGCACUCAAGCAGUUUAAACAGAAGUUUGAUGAGGCACUCAGGGAAAGCUGGACUACUAAGGUGAACUGGAUGGCUCACACAGUCCGGAAAGACUACAGGUCUUAGCACCAGCCUCCGCCGUCUCCCGACGGACUUGUCCGUUUGUUCCUUUCCAUUUUGCACUUGCACUAAAUUGAACAUGACCCUGUCAGAAAUGCAAAGGGAAUGAAAUCCUGAAGCUCAGAGUGAAAUCAAGAACGAGGCGUCCCACAGAGCCGAAUCUGAACCACCCUGAUGGUCACCCUCUGUUUCUGAAAUGCUUCCAGGACUCAUCAUGAAUAUUCCCAACAGCAUGGAGGACCCUUUCCUGCUGACCUUGCACGUCGAGGAAUGCUACUAGGGACUGUUUGGGAUCUCCUCCUCUUCCUCCUCUUUCUCCUCCUCCUCCUCCUCCUCCUCCUCCUCCUCCUCUUCUACUUCAGUAUUUGGUACUUUACCAGAGAGGUGUAAAUACUUCUUUUCAGUAUUGUGACCAAGUGCUGCCACUCAGCCAACAAGUUAUCACAUUUGGGGGCUGGGAGCUCUUCUGAUUGUCCAAACGAGCCUUCAAAGAAAGGUAUCAUCUCCCUUCCCUUUUUAAAUUGUGUAAGCUACAAUUUACAUUGAUUAUGUUGAACUUAUUAUUUUUCAAAGGAAAUAUUUUAAACUUGUGAAAACUCACUAAUUUUGUUAAUAUUUAUCUAUCAUGAUAGCAUCAUUUCAGUCAGACUUGCUGAGAAUCUAUUGGUGGGGCAAAUAUAAUAUAUAUAUAUGCUGCAUAUAUAUUUAUAAAAUUUCUAGUGGGAGUUCUAUAUAAAAAGAUGUUUCUUUGGUGUUCCUCAUCCUGUGUUUAAAGUUUUACAAAAGCAGAGCUUUUUCCUAAGUUACUCUUCAGUUAACUGCGGAUCCAGUUCUUCCAGCUGCUUCUGUACUGAGGCACAUAUGAAUGCAGUUUGUCUGUGCAGCUCUGAGAGUUCACUUCAUAGAACACAAUACGUGAGCAGAUGUAUCCAAGGAAGUGAGCAGAUGAAAAGGAAUCUAUUUAUGGAAUAAACUCCAAACCUAAAUUUCAGUAUUUUAAUAAUAUGCCAGCUGUUCUUACUGUAUUUAUUAAAAUGUAUAAUAAUGUGAUUUUUUUUCAAUGAUAUUAGUUCAGAUUGAAAUGGAUUCAUGUCACGUGGAAAUCUUUAAUUUAUUUGUUGAGGUACCAUAUAGUUAGGGUGCUAGCUGAAGAGUGAUGCUGACAUGUGCAAUAGGAACUACUGGCUGGUCGGUAAAUGGAUGCUCUUUCCAAGCACUGUCAAGAUCCAGCGGAACUACUGCUUCUCCAAAGAAAACUGGGAGCCCUCAGUCCUCAGUGGCAUGGGAAAGACAACUGAGUACUAGCCCUGUGACUGCAGUUUUCUAUAGGAAUUUUAUUAAAGAUUGUUUAAUUUUGUUGUCCUUCUUAAAUGUUCUCAGUCAAAUAAAUGGGUGGUUUCGGUUG